ACUGGGAGACUUUGGUAAUUUAAUAUGAAUAUCUAGUAUCUAGUUAUUUAUUAUGAUUAUUAUUAUUGUUGUUGUUGUUUGUUAGCCCCCCCGCCAAGCUGCUGCCCACGCUCCAGUCCAGUAGGUGGCGGUAAUGCACCUUAAGUUGGUUUGCCAACCCCCGUUAAAACCAAAGAAAGAAGAAGACGAAGAAAAGGAGGAUGGUUUUGGACGUGGUUUUGUUGUACAGAAAAUGUCGCUGUUGUGCGGAGGGACUGGCGAGGAGCAGGACGCCACUGAUGAAGUGCAGAAAAUCUGUGAUGAGAUGAAGCCUCAUGUGGAACAAAAAGCAGGAAGAACGUUUGACGUCUUCACUGCUAAAUCCUACAAGACACAGGUGGUAGCUGGGACAAACUAUUUCAUCAAGGUCCACGUGGGUGGCGAUGACUUUGUUCACCUGCGUGUCUAUAAGAUGCUGCCAUGUGCUGGAGGAAAACUGGAACUUCAUGGAAUUCAGACAAGCAAAGCCCAUCAUGACCCCAUCUAAUACUUCUAAACAUGCACUCCAUUAUGAAAGACACCACAGAAAUACACUAACACUCUCAAACAGUAUUCUGUCUUACUUCCUGAACUGAUAAGAAAUGCUUCUUCAAUUAAUAAAAUGGCAGUGGUAAAUAUCAUUCGUAAACGUCAUAUCUUUCUCACAAAUAUUUAGUGUUAAAGGGAACAUAAGGAGUUGUAUUUGAUAUUUGAUGCUUAUAAAUGUCUGUAUAUCCAUCUUGAAGAACACAAUAAACUUGGAUGCCUUGA